AUGGAAUAUUUGCUUGAAGGCCGGCCCGUCAAGCAUGUUGACCGGAAAUCCUUAUACACCAGACUCGAGGCCCGCAUCAACUACCUUCGUGAAUUCCUAGACUUCAAUUCCUGUGAUGUUGAAGCUCUUGCAUCAGGCUCCAAGUACAUCAAGGCCCUGAUUCCCGCCGUGGUCAACAUCGUCUAUAAAAAGCUCCUGGAAACGGACAUCACUGCUCGUGCUUUUCACACCAGGAGUACCGCCGAUGAGACGCCGGUGGAGGAUUUUUUCACGGAAGAGAGUCCCCAGAUCAAGCGUCGAAAAAUGUUUCUUCGGUGGUACUUGAUCAAGAUCUGCUCUGAUCCCUCCCAAAUGGAGUUCUGGCGGUAUCUGAACAAAGUAGGUGUGAUGCACUGUGGCCAAGAGCGUUUGCACGCCCUCAAUAUCGAAUAUAUCCACAUUGGCGCUCUCCUCGGGUUCAUCCAAGACAUUUUCACGGAAGCCCUCAUGUCCCACCCUCACCUCUCUCUCAGUCGCAAGAUAGCUCUGCUGCGAGCUAUCAACAAAAUCAUCUGGAUCCAGAACGACCUGUUCGCCAGGUUUCGUGUUAGGGAUGGUGAGGAGUUCGCCGACGAGAUGUCCCAAAUCAAUAUGGAGGAAGAAAAGGAGGGAUACCUAGGCGAUAAAAAGAUCUUGGGUGAGGGCAGCACAACAGGAAGCUCCAGUGAAGAUGAUCGCUCCAGCAUUAACAGUGGAGCUCCAUCUGCCACCUCCGCGUGUCCCUUUGCUGAGUUCACAAACGGCAGUAGUGGUACGGAGACCAAGAUAUGGGCUGGGAAAUGA